AUGUGCUGCCCUUUUUUUUUUUUCGCAGUCGAAGCGAAUGAUUCAGAUAUCACCAUUAGGUCCUCUGACAAUUUGUUGUUUCGCCUACACAAACAGAAUUUGCAAUGUGCAGCCAAUGUGUUCGUUCAGUUUAUCGAUAGUGACACAGUUUGUUUGUCGGAAACGGGCGCCGUGCUGGAAAUACUCUUCCAAUUCAUUUAUCCGCGUCCUUCGCCUGCGCUGGAGAAGUUGGGUUUUCAGGAUCUAAUGUUGGUUGCAGAGGCAGCAGAGAAGUACAGAUUGUUUAACGCAAUGUAUGCUACUCAUUUUUCUUAUGACAGAAACCAUCUCACCUUACAUACGAAGGACGUUGUGCGCUUUGCUGCGAAAUAUGAUUCUCCAUCGUUAAUCUCUCAGGUGCCGUUAGCGUUUAUCAUGGAUACGCCUUUAUCAGAGGUCGUUGAUAUUUUACCACCCUAUAUCUAUAAACAUUGGGUACGAGUUCAAUAA